ACCUUGAUAAUUGUAAACCAGCCUUAAGCAUAUCUGAAGCGUACGCCAUUUUGCUGAUAGUUCCGUAAAGCGUGGUGUUGGCGAAGCGUUUGCUGUCAAUUAAAAUUAAUUUGUGAAUUUUUUCUUGUCCACAUUUCAUCACUGAAUAUUUUUUCUAGCCAUGUCGAAUGGUAGUGGAGAUCAUGACGAUGAAGGCUAUGUUGUCAAAUUACGUGGUCUUCCGUGGUCUACUACUGUUGAUGAGAUCAUGAAAUUCUUCAGUGAUUGUUCUAUUUCAAAUGGUAAAAAUGGAGUUCACAUGACUAUGUCCAGAGAAGGCCGCCCUAGUGGCGAGGCAUACGUUGAAAUGGAUACACCAGAAGAUAUUGAAAAAGCUUGUAAGAGAGACAGAGAUCAUAUGGGUCAUCGUUAUAUAGAAGUUUUCAAAGCAAAAAGAGGUGAAAUGGAAUGGGUAGUCAAAAGAAGUGGUUUGAACGUAGAAAUUGCAAUGGAUGAUGGUUGUGUAAGACUUCGUGGCCUGCCAUUUGGAUGUUCCAAAGAAGAGAUAGCACAAUUUUUCUCAGGGUUGGAGAUAUUGCCGAACGGGAUUUCACUACCGACAGACUACACGGGCCGCAGUACUGGGGAGGCUUACGUUCAAUUUGUUAACAAAGAUGUUGCGGAGCGCGCUCUGCAGAAACACAAGGAAAAGAUAGGACACAGAUACAUCGAAAUCUUCCGAAGCACUUUGUCGGAAGUACGUGCUAAUAUUGGACCAAAAAUGAGAGGUGGACCAAUGGGUGGUUUUAAUCAGAGACCUGCUCCCUAUGAUAGAGGUGCUCGAUUCGGUGGGAUGAACCGAUUUAGUAAUAAUGGCAGAGGUUCCAGAAACAGAGACUUUGAUGGUGGCCCUUGGGGAAGUGGAAACAAUUUUGAUUCCCGUGGAGGGAGCAUGGGUAUGCGCGGUGGUCUAGAUAUGAAGGGUGGAAACUUCAGAGGCAGUGGUGAUACAUGGGGUGGUAAUUCUGGUAUUCACAGUAUACACAUGCGUGGAUUGCCAUUCAAAGCUACAGAACAAGAUAUAGCUGACUUCUUCAGACCUAUUGAACCAGUGAAUGUACGGAUUAUUCUUGAAAAUGGUGGACGACCAUCCGGAGAAGCUGAUGUAGAAUUCGCAACUCACGAAGAAGCUGUUAAAGCAAUGUCUAAGGACAAAAGUCACAUGUCCCAUAGGUACAUUGAAUUAUUCCUAAAUUCUACUGGUGGUUCAAGCGGAAUGUCGUUGGGUGGCAUCGGAAAUUUUUGCGGAGGUUUAGGUAACAACUUUAGGCCCGGUUACUCCCCGAACAGAGGUUUCAGCUCUCAGCUAGGAGGGAAUAAUUACAAUAGUUUUUGAGGGCGGAUAUCGCGUUUCUUACGCUAUCGACGGUAAAACGCAUUGCAAAUCAAAGUUUUAAAACAAUGAAUUGUAUCAUCACAAUGACACUUGAUUUCUAUAUUAUGUUCAAUUAGAAGUUAAAAUGUUUCGUUCUACACUAUAUGAGAUACAUAUGUAUUGGUGUUAAGCAGAACAUAUGGAAAGAUUAUGUUUCACUUUUUAUAACGAUAAAGUAUUAUCCAUGAACAUUAGUUAGUUAAAUACGUCCGCAACAUAAAUUAGAAUUUAUGUUUAUUACUAUUUUCUCUUCCAUUUUCAUUUUGUUUUCAAGUUUUAAUUAUAACUACAAAUAACUUUGUAAAAGACAGUUUAUAUUUGAAAAAUUUUAGAGAUCAGUGUUGUUUCAUUAAGAAAGAGAAAAACUGAGUCAUAUAUACAUAUAUUGUUCAACUUUUUUUCCUUAUUUCUGUUUUCUACACAGUUUCAAGUGCAUUGUAUAUCCGCUACUUCAUUAAGACCUUAUAAGAAGUGUUCCAAACUCAAAUAAUAUCAUAAAAAUAAGCAUAUAUACGAAUUAUGUAAUGACAGCUUUGACGACAAGUUAUUGACAGAGUUAGAAAUAAAAACGUGUUUGCACGUACAAGAUAUAGUUAGUUUACCUAUCGGAUACAAAUAAUCUUCAAUGAUUACUUCAUACUGUAACAUAUUUAUCUGAAUAAUAAUUCACAGUUAUAUUUACAUAGUUUACGUUAACUUACUGUUUCUUCUGGAUAGUACAAAGGAAGGAUAAAGAGACAUUUAUUCACCGUAUGUAUCAAAUCUUCUUGUACUAUUCCACUUUUGGCAUUUACAAAAAUUAUAUACAUAUUUGCUUCUGAAAGAAUUUAAUUAGGUUGGUAUUCACGGAACACCUUAAAAGUAGCUACAUUUAGCUUUCUUAAGAUAUAGAUUUCAAAUGAUUUAAAUAAUUUAUUUUGCAACGAACGAACUAAGAAAUGAAUAAAUGAAAAGGAAAUCAGAAACUAUAAGAAAUUCAGUAAUCUCGUGAAUCAAUAUUAAAUUUUCUAUUGCUUUUAUGAUAAUAAUAAACAGAUACAGAAUGUUAAAAUUGUUUUAUUCUAUUGUAAAAUUCAACUUGUUAAACAACGUAGUUUCAUAUUCGCCAAUCUGUUACUUGCAGCAUCUUUAACUCUUAUGAAUGUUCGAAGAGCCAACAACAUAAAUAUAUGUGUAAUAUUUCACUGUGUACAAGUGAACAGAGUUAGAAUACUCUAAAUAUUUCACUGUGGAAAUGAAUGUUGUACACGAGGCGGGUAUGUGUGUA